AUGUAUUCCUCAUACAUUCUCGCCGCCCUCCCAUACCUGGCAUCCGCAUUGCCGAGCCGCGAACUAGCCAAACGAGACACCACCCUGAUUCCGACCUCGUGUUUUGACUCGACCUCGUCGCUGACCCAGUAUUUCAGCUACGGCUAUCCAUGGGGCGAUACGCACAAUGGCGCAGCCAUCAUGAAAGAGUCCAAUGCGGUGAUUUCCACCGCCGGCACCCUGACCCUGAACGCGACGUACACGGGGGCCUCGGACUACGCGUAUGAUUCCGGAACCGUGUAUGCGAAGCAACAGUUCACGGUUGAGGCAGGUGGAGGCCUUGAUUUCUCGGUCGAUUUCAUCGCGACUGUGGAUAAGGGCACGUGGCCUGCGUUUUGGCUUAACGGAGUCAACUCCUGGCCCCCUGAGAUUGAUAUCGCUGAGUGGAAGGGAUCCGGCGAUAUCAGUUUCAAUACUUUCAAUUCUUCGAGUGAGGUUGAGGCCAAGGAUGUGGAGUAUCCAUCCCCCACGGAGUUCCAUGCUGUGAAGGCUGAGUUGCGGGAUGAGAAUGGUGCCGAUGUCAGCGUUAAUUUCUAUCUGGAUGGAUCGCUGGUCACCACGCAGUAUGCUGGGGGUUUGGUUGGCGAGCCGUUGAACUUGAUUAUUGAUCUGCAGAUGGAGGGGAGUAGUGGGACGCCGGGUCCCACGGGAACAACGCUUUUCCAGAUCAAGAACUUGGAAGUCAUCGAUAAGAAUCCUUGA